AUGGGUCAUACGAAAGAUGGUGCUGGGCAGGGGACGGAUCCUGAUGUUCCCCAGCUAACGGGAGAAAUGCUCCUCAGCCUCGCCGAGAAUGCACCUCGCCAGGUUAACAUCACCAAGGAUACCAGUCUUGAUUCGACUUUGAGCUCAUUCUUCCUAUACGCAAGCUACGGGAAUCUCAACAACACUGGCCAUGCUCGGUUCUAUGUGACCCAGAGCAUAUCACUUGCCCAGUCGCAGGAUCUAACCCGAGAGGACGGCUACUUCACCCUUUUAGAAAGGGAACGGGAGGAGAGGCACAGACUGUUUUGGCUUCUGUGUGUCACAGAAAGGACAAUUGCUCUUCAGCAUCGAUGGCCGGUAAACCUGCGAAGCUGCGUCGCAAAAGCCCAAGUUAUCGACUCCAACAAACCCGCCGUCAUGCAUCAUUUCAUGAAUCACAUCCAUCUAUUCGACUCCCUCCCUUGCUCUCUUUACGAAUGGCAUCCGCAAAGCGAUAACCAUCAACCUGGAUAUGGCACUCUGGCAUACAACAUGAACAAGGAACUCUGCACCAUUCAACCAAAUAAAUCUGUGAUUGAAAGCCAACGAUUCGAUACGCUCAUGACACAUCAGUGGCUUCGGGUACCGAUGUGGCGUCUGCCUUUUGGGAAGAAGCCAUCUCCUGCGUGUAGUCAGUCGUGGGCUAUUACUCCCCCUGGAUCUCCCGCUCGAUACUGGAAAGACGAUUAUGGUUGUCAGAGGUCAAAGGAUUGCCACGGCAUUGGCAUGGUAAGAAGUAUUUAG